CUCUGUCUUCCUGGCUGCUGUCCUGUCAUCGGCCUGGGUGUGGUUUUGCAGUCUGGUACCGUUAGCAGGAAACCAAGCUCCAGUCAUUUUCUUUUUACUGCGAAACAAAGCGGGGGGAAAAAGCCAUUUUGAAGAGUAAAAACGGUUACAGAUAGCCCUCCGUGCUUCAGCGAACUGCAGCUUUCGCUUCCUCGAGACAGGAAGUCGUUUGUUUGGCGCCGUUGUUCUGAUGGGAAAAAGUUUUUUUUGUUGCUCUUGUUUAGCAGUCGUUUGAUUUAAUAACGGUUAUAACAGCAUUGUUCAUUAAAAAAAACAACCAAACACGAACGUAAGCGCGACGUAAAAGAAAGCAAAGAUGCCGAAAACGAUUAGCGUAAGAGUCACCACAAUGGAUGCUGAACUGGAGUUUGCCAUUCAGCCCAAUACUACAGGGAAGCAGCUCUUUGAUCAGGUCGUGAAGACCAUCGGGCUGCGGGAGGUUUGGUACUUUGGACUCCAAUACCAGGACACAAAGGGGUUUUCUACAUGGCUCAAGCUCAAUAAGAAGGUGACAGCCCAGGAUGUGAGGAAGGAAAGUCCGCUGCUGUUUAAGUUCCGUGCCAAAUUCUUCCCUGAGGAUGUGUCUGAGGAGUUAAUCCAGGAUGCCACACAGCGGCUGUUCUUCCUGCAGGUGAAGGAGGGAAUCUUAAAUGAUGACAUUUACUGCCCUCCAGAGACAGCAGUCCUCCUGGCCUCCUAUGCAGUCCAGGCCAAGUACGCUGACUACAAUAAGGAAGUCCACGUACCAGGCUAUCUGUCCAAUGAACAACUGCUCCCUCAAAGAGUCUUGGACCAGCACAAACUCAACAAGGAUCAGUGGGAGGAGAGGAUUCAAGUGUGGCACGAGGAGCACAAGGGCAUGAUGAGAGAGGAAUCCAUGAUGGAGUAUCUGAAGAUUGCUCAAGACCUCGAGAUGUAUGGAGUCAACUACUUCAACAUUAAGAAUAAAAAAGGCACAGAGCUGUGGUUGGGAGUAGAUGCACUGGGUCUUAACAUUUAUGAACAGAAUGACAAAAUGACGCCUAAAAUUGGAUUUCCUUGGAGUGAAAUAAGGAACAUUUCCUUCAAUGACAAGAAGUUUGUUAUUAAACCAAUUGACAAGAAAGCCCCAGACUUUGUAUUUUAUGCUCCAAGACUGCGCAUCAACAAGCGAAUUCUGGCUCUGUGCAUGGGCAACCAUGAGCUGUACAUGCGUCGCCGCAAACCUGACACCAUUGAAGUGCAGCAGAUGAAGGCUCAGGCUCGGGAGGAGAAGAAUCACAAGAAGAUGGAGAGAGCCCUGCUGGAGAAUGAGAAGAGGAAAAGAGAAGUUGCAGAAAAAGAAAAGGAAAAGAUUGAGAAGGAAAAGGAGGAGUUAAUGGAGAGAUUAAAGCAGAUUGAGGAACAGACCAGAAGAGCCCAACAAGAGUUGGAGGAGCAAACACAAAAGGCUCUGGAGUUGGAGCAAGAGAGGAAGAGAGCGCAUGAGGAGGCCGAACGCCUGGAGGCUGACCUGAAGAGUGCUGAGGAUGCCAAGAUGGCACUGCUGCAGCAGUCAGAGAACCAGAUGAAGAACCAAGAGCACCUGGCCACAGAGCUGGCUGAUCUGACUUCAAAGAUUUCCCUCCUGGAGGACGCCAAAAAGAAGAAGGAAGAGGAGGCGAUACAGUGGCAGAACAAGGCUGUUUUGGUGCAGGAGGACCUGGAGAAGACCAAAGACGAGCUUAAGAAUAAAGUGAUGGCGUCUCACGUUCAGGAGCCCCUCAACGCUGAGAAUGAGCACGAUGAGAAUGAUGAGAGCAGUGCCGAAGCCAGCGCUGAGUUCUCGUCUGCCGUCACAUACAAGGACCGCAGUGAAGAGGAGCGCAUGACCGAGGCGGAGAAGAACGAACGUCUGCAGAAACAUUUACUCGCUUUAAGCUCAGAGCUGGCAAACGCUCGGGAUGAGGACAAGAAGACAGUGAAUGACAUCAUCCACGCAGAGAACAUGCGAGCUGGGCGAGACAAGUACAAGACCCUCAGACAGAUCCGGUCAGGAAACACCAAACAGCGCAUCGAUGAGUUUGAAUGCAUGUGAUGUUUGCACUGGCCGAUGCAAAAGCCCACACAGCUGCUGGGCCUUUCUGCCUGGACUGCAGUCCUGCCUCACCCAAGCUGUUUUCUCUGUGUGCAAAUAAAUCAGAUCCAUGACAUGACGCGGCGACACAGGCAUAGCACAAUGUACCAAUCAUGGAUCUGGAAAAUUCCUUUUGUUAUUGUUUCUAACGUUUCAUUUAGGCAAGUCACUGGUUGAAAAGGGACAUACUGUAUUUUAUAGUUAAUUCCUCACAAAGGGGGCUAUGUAGCAUUUUCUUAAUAUGCUUACGGCUGUUACAUUUUUCUAUCACAAUUUCAGAUUAAAGACUUUAGAGACAAAUCCAAAUUUCAGUUUGAUGUUUCUGCUGUAUAGAUGCAAGCUGACUUUUUCACACAGUAAUAUUCCCCCAUGAUGCUGCUGCUGCCCUUAGUUUUAUAUGCAUAACAAAUUCACUGUUUCUACAUUAGCCAGCACAUUAUGAUAUGACUGAUAUGUCUGGUUGGAGCAUUCAUAAAGCAGUAUUAUAUUCUUUAAAUUUAUUUUGACUGUAUUCACAACCUGCCAGCGGUUAACAGUAUUACAAUAUUUACACUCCAGUCACAGUGUGAUAUUUAAGUAUUUGUUAGUUUGUUUUUUGUCUUUUUUGUCUGUUUCUUAUGUUUCUGAACAACUUCAAAUCAGUUCUGCUUUCAGUGUUAAUUUUACUGUUGAGGCUCAAAAAACUGAAUUCCUUAUUAUAUUAAAAUCUGCAUAGAAAGAAAAUUGAAAACGUUUUUUAGAGCGGGAAGAAAAAAAUAGAAACCAAAGCUUUUACACCUUGUGUAUUUGCCAUGUACAAUUUUUUGAAACUGUAUUUUGUAUUGAGCUUUGUACUAUCCACAGUUUACGUCCCUAAAAUGCUUCAUUAUAACCGAAGGUUGCAUUUCUGUUAUAAUGUACGUAAUACAAAUCUGACAUCUGUAAAGCAUUUGAUAUGUAAGCCUGAACAGAGGUUUACAUUUUACCUGCAAAAACACUUUCUGUCUACAGAUAUGAUCCAACUAGACUGUUUUUAUUGACAUCACCAGCUCUGCAUAGGGAAUUACAAUGUAACUGUCACAUGUCAACUUGGCUUCUCUGAGUUAACAUAACUGCUCGCUCCUGUGGUUUUUGUUUACCCAACAAAAUCUUCCCAGAAUUGAAAACAGAAAUGUUACAUAAUGGAGGAGUCCAAUUAUAUUUUGCAUUAUCUCCGGUAAAAAAAAAACACACCAAGCAAACCAUAAAUUCUCGGGUUGAAACAUGUUUUUCAUCAGCAUUGGUGCACAUGGCUUUUAAUUGGCAUCACGGUAAUAUUUUCUGUCUGCUCUAGUAUUGUCAGUGAUGGUCCAUUAGCAAGGAGGUCUUUUAGUGAUCCUUAGUUUUAAAACUUGUAACAGUGCUCAGUAUUAUAUAAUUCAUUCAUUGGAACAUUGAUUGAGAUUGAGACCAAGAUGCAAUAUAGAAAUCACCAUAACAUUAUCAGUGACAAUUAAAACGUUUCUUGGUUUGUUUUUUCUCGUCCGUAACGUCGGAAUUCACACACAGGUUACACAGGGUUAAAAAUAAAUACAAAUACCACAUGACAGCCCAACCACAAUGGAAAUGGUGUUAAUUAAUCACCUGUUUUAAGUGAGUGAAAACAUUUACAAUGUGACAUCAUCGUAUUUACAAGGCUAAUAUUUGUUUCCUGACAUCAUGUGAGGUUGAAUGUUGCACCGUGUUUUUCUUUUCCUUCACAAAAUCUUCCUAAAAAUAAAAUCAAAAAAAAAAAAUCAUGAAUGGCUGGAGCGAUGGAGAAGCAGAGACGCCUCACACCACAUACUGUCCUAGAAGGGCAGCCAUUUCCAAUGUUCAUUUUGAUAUACUGUAUGUAUUUAGUAACAUUUGUGUAUUUUGUAAUUGGGAUUUUUUUUUUGGGAGAUGAUAAAAUUAUACAAGGUGCAAAAAUGACACUGAUGAGGAUAUUUUUGUAUCAAAAGUCUAGACGUAAAGUGCAUUUUGAAAUAGAGUAUUUUGUUGUUAGAUGAAGGAAUAGUUCACUGCUGUAGUUGUAAGCUAGUGUAACACCCAAAAGCCUGUGACAGAAAGAAUGAAGGCCCAGAUGUUUAUGGUGUGUUUGUAUGAAGAGGAACCAAAACAUUCUACAAUUACAUGUGCCAUUAACGUUGGUAUUCAGCCAUGUAAACAGUUUUACUUGUUUACGUUAGUGUUUAGAAGUGAAAGAUUUAUUUGGAGGUUUAAAAUUAUGUAUUUGAAUGAUCCAUAUCUCUUUUUGCUUUAUUUUGAUCUUUUAAUUGAAGUAACAUUUGUCAUUUGUACCAAGAUGCAGUGUUUUAGUCCAUUGUGACGUGUUAGUUCUUGUUUCUGCAGCAAAAACAGAAAAACUGCAGCACUGAAUGAUCUACGUGAAACACCAGGUGUUGACAGCCCACCUGUAAGGAUCCAGUGUCAUUUCAAGUGAAGUCAGUUUGUGAAAAAGAAAUGUAUUAAAAGGCUGUUACUCAAUAACUGGUCUGUAAACAAAAGGACUGACACAUGAUCAAUACUGUAAAAUGAUAAACAGUGCCUUGCCCUGGUUAUUCUUCAGAUCUUGCUGCUUAAACUCUUUCUCUCAUUAAUAAAUAAAAGUCAAAUUAAACUGCA